AUGUCGAGCUCUUCCUGGAGUAUGAAGAUCGAGAAAUCUGCGGCAGCGGCAGAGCACUUUCCUCAGAUUUUGUCUAGCCUUAAGGAGACAGUCACGUGUGAAGCUGAGCAUGUUCAGCCGAAAGCCGGCUGCAAAGUCGUGGACCCCUGCCGUGUCGAAAGCCCUCAAGAGACCCAGAAGGUUGCCCAGAAGAUCGAGUGCAAGACCCCAACACCCACGGAGGUGAUCAACUACUUCAAUCAUGAGUUGAAGAAGUGCAUCUGCUUCCUGGAUGGAGGCAUGGGAACCCGCAUCCAGGCAGAAAACUUGGAGGAAGCAGAUUACCGUGAGGAUCAGUUCAAGGACUUCAGCGAGAAGGAUGCCAACGGCAUCCCGUUCUCCCUGAAGGGUAAUAACGAUCGCCUCAUUUUCAGCAAGCCAGACAUGAUCAAGGACAUCCACAAGGAGUACUUCCUGGCUGGCUCAGACAUCUGCGAGACAAACACCUUCAACGGCACGACCAUCUCGCAGGGCGAGUACAAGAUGCAGGCCGUUGUCCAUGAGAUGAACAAAGUGGGAGCGCAGCUUGUGGAGAAGGCAGCAGCUGAGGUGACGAAGGAGGAGCCGCACAAGCCCCGAUUCGUGGCAGGUGCAGUUGGGCCCACCAGCCGCACCCUGAGCGAGUCGCCCAGUGUGGAGGAUCCAUCCUUCCGCAGUGUGAUUUGGGACGAGCUUGUGGAGUCCUACAAGCAGCAGGUGAGGAGUCUCGUCUCGUGGACGGCGGCCAUCUUGGCAGUGGACCAGUACUUCAUCGAGUCGAAGAAGGCCGUCUACGUUAGUGUGAAGCAUGCGCAGCUCUUCACCGUUGGCAUUAACUGUGCCCUGGGUGCGGCUCAGAUGAAGGGCUCCUACAAGAAGCUCUGCGACAUGAACUCAGCCUGGUGCCACGUCUGCCCCAGUGCUGGCCUGCCUAAUGCCACGGGCGGCUAUGACGAAGACCCCGAGAUCUUCUUUAGCAACAUCCUGGACUACGCCAAGGAUCUCAUCCUGAACUUCCUUUUGUGGCUGCUGCGGCACCUUUGUUUCCCACAUCGCUUCCAGUGGGUCGGCGAGCGAUGCAACCUGAUGGGCUCGGCCAAAUUCAAGAAGCUGGUGGAUGCCUACAAGUGGGAUGAGGCCAUGGCAUGGAGGUUUGCGUCGGCCAAGCUACCCUUCAUGAUUGACUCCUCCAAGUGGCCUGUGGUCGAGGAGGGCCUCCAAUGCGUUGAGGGCAAGUGCGUCGUGAAUUCGAUCUCACUGAAGGUCUGCGAGGAAGAGUUUCUUCGUCAAGCGAUGCUUUGCAUGCGCUAUGGCGCAGCCGUCGUCAUCACUGCCUUCGAUGAGAAGGGUCAGGCAGCCACCUUCGAGGACAAGGUUCGCAUCUGCCAGCGCAGCUACAAGUGCCUGCGUGAGAACAUCGACAUUUCCCGAGAGGAUAUCAUCUUCGAUUGCAACGUGCUGACCCUUGGCACUGGGCUGCCGGAACACAACUCGCCGGGGCAAAGUACUCCGGAGGGGCCUCUCCCGCAAACGGACAUGGACGAGAACGCUCGCAAGCUGGCGGAAGAGGUGAUCCUGAAGCAGCCUGCAGAUGGCACGCACGCAGGAAGCCUAGACACCAGCCUGCCCAGCUGCGGUAUUUGCGGAUCAGAACGUGCUGUCUUGCUGUCUUGGUCCUUGUGCCUGCAGGUCGAGCGCUUCCUGGAGCACGCAGAGGCCGACUCCGUGCUGUCUGUCUCAAAGGGUAUAAAGGGUCCCAAGAUAUCUCACAAGACGGAACGCAAUUUCGCACCAGAGGCUGUCCGCAAGCCUGCCACGACUGCGGGCGCUGCUGCAGGUGGUGCUCCCGCCAAGGCAGGCUUCACAAGUCUCAAGUCGCCUCGCAGCCAGCCAGAAGCAAAGGAUGCCUGGCGAAAUAGGCGAAAUGGCACAUUCACAGAGCGUCUGCACUACGGGCAGCGGCCUUGGCCAAGAUGCUACGUCCCCGUCCCCCACAAGCAUGACUCGUGUGGCAUUGUGCAGGAGAGGCUGAUCAACGGUAUCGACAAGUUCAUUGAGGGGGACACCGAGGAGGUCCGCUUUUAUAUCUGCAGGCUUGUGCCUGGCACCUUGACAUGA